AUGUCGGCGCCGUCGUCCUCAUCGCAACCCCACAUCUCAUGGCGAUCUCGGUGGGACACUGCGAUGUCUGCAACCGCACCGGAGAGGCCAACGGUAGAGGAGGUAAUUCCGGUAGUCCACGGGGUUGUGGACCAGAUUCUAGAAGGGCCGGGAGUCAACAAAUCUCGUAUCGGUACUGUUAUACGGAAGGGGGCUACUCUGUUGGCACAGUAUUACGGUGGUCAUGUUGCAGAGAAUUGGAACGAGGUUAUUAGAGCCCCUGGCGCAGCUGAGUUGAUCAAAGAUGAAAUUGAUCGCAUAUUCCCCCUUAUCUACGGGGAAAUACUUUUCUGUGUGGAUGACGCAGGAUUGGAUUAUGCUGAUGGCGCUAGGGAAUUGGCGGGAGUCUUAUCUACUCGUAUAAUCAAGAGUGUAUUGAAGCUGACGACGAUAGACGAAGCGGCUAUCCUAUUCGAUGGGUUUAUCAAAGUAUUGGCUACUUGCAAUGAACGUUCACAGUCGGCGAUGAGCAUCGCGCCUUCGACGGUGAAUGUUUCGAGCGCCCAGGAAAAGAGUGACGAUCGUGUCAAUAUAAAAGAUUUACCAUUGGUUGAUGGUGGCGAAUGGGGUCUGGCAAAACUGGGUGUUGUAUCGUAUAAUACCUGGCAGUAUCGUAUUCGUCUGGCAUGUUCCUCAUAUGCUCUGAAGGGUCGUCGUGCGUGUUAUUACGCCUUACGUAACCUCUGUGGUGCUGAACGUACCUACGCCCAUACGUGCUUGACCAAGGAGAUACCCGAAGGCAUUGAGCCGUUGGAUUAUCUUUUACAACGACUACAGGAGGAGUAUGGGUCCGUUUGGUCCCACGGUCGGGCAAGGCAGCAGUUCCAACAGGCCAAGAAGCAGAGCAACGAGUCGGUGGUAUCGUUUAUGUCACGGCUUAAGAGCAUGGCAGUAGCACUGCCAGGGAAGUGCAACAGUAUCAGCAAGGUCGGGAUACUGUGA